AUGGCCCGUCGCAGACGUAUGGUAAGAAAUGAUGGAUCUACUGAGACGAAUGGAGAAACGAGCUCUGGGCCAGCUUCUUGGGACGCGUUGACCUACAAACGACCAAAGAAGUUAAAAGUACCUUGUGCACGUGUUGAAAGCGAUGGCGAGUGGUUUCAAAUCGAACGAGUUCUGGAGACGGUCUGCCUUGUUGGAAGUGAUAAAGGAUGGCAGAACCUGGUGCAAUGGAAACCGAACUGGUCAAAGCAAAUCCACACUCCAUCAGCUCUGAAAGAUUUCUAUGGUCGUGCCACCGUAUUAGGUUGUGUGGUGAAGAACGAAACUUUGCGAUCCAGAGUUCGUCGGAAGAUUGAGUGGAAUCGAAAAGAAUUUAUGAGCUGCAAUUUCCGUAUUCGAGUUGAGCAUCCAGAUGGAUCUGUCACUUCUGAAGUUUUGCCUUAUCCCGAUGUAAAGCGCCGAUUUCCUGCCGCAUUGUUCGAAUAUAUGGAAAAUAGAAUGCCUCCGCCCCGUAUACCAGAGAAGGAUGAACCGCGACCGGAUGGCUUACUUCCAGUCUACAAUAACAUUAAUAUUCCACGCUGUUUGUACCUGCACAAAUGUGUGGCUAAGAAGGAGGAGAAGGCUCAAACGCCGACUUCGGAUGUUCAGAAUCCUCCGGCGGAUCAUGUCGAAAGUCUAACAGUUGUGAAGCAAGAAGUGUCUCCAUCAUCUUCACCAAAGAAGGACUUCAUACAGGACGUAUGUUCCGAAAGUGUUCCGCUGAAGGAAGGGUUCGACGUUCGAAAGAAAGCCGGUCUUAAACGAAGAUCCAGUCGUCGUUUCGGAGCAAGGACCAAAUGGUCUCGUAGUAGAAGCUUGAACGCGAGAGCUAGCGCUAACGAGCUGAUUAGCUCUCCAUCGACCAAGGUGCAGCAGCCGUUCAAUGAAGUUUCAAAUAGAGAAGAAGCCAGAGCCGCUCAUACGAAGGUUACGAUGCCCCCUGGAAUAUCUC